AACCCGGGUGUUGCUAUAUAAGCAAAGGGCCUGACUUGGUGCUGGCAGUUUUCAGAAGACACACCUGAAGGCAGAAGCUGACGAGAACGAACUUCCCAGAGGAAAUUCCUCUUCACCCCCAAAUCCUUCAGCUACAAGGAGAUCAGCGCUGACUGUACAACUAAACAAGGAAGAUGUCAUCAGCUAAGGGAAUAUCCAUUGGCAUCGAUCUGGGCACCACCUACUCUUGCGUUGGGGUCUUCCAGCAUGGAAAAGUGGAAAUCAUCGCCAACGAUCAAGGCAACAGGACCACUCCUAGCUAUGUGGCCUUUACUGACACAGAGAGGCUCAUCGGAGAUGCUGCCAAGAACCAAGUUGCCAUGAACCCCACCAACACAAUCUUUGAUGCCAAACGUCUCAUUGGAAGAAGGUUUGAUGAUGCAGUGGUCCAGUCUGACAUGAAGCUCUGGCCCUUUAAGGUGAUCAAUGACAACGGGAAGCCUAAAGUCCAGGUGGAAUACAAGGGAGAAAUUAAGACUUUCUGUCCUGAGGAGAUUUCUUCAAUGGUCCUGGUUAAAAUGAGAGAAAUAGCCGAGGCUUUUCUGGGACAGAGUGUGUCAAAUGCGGUAAUCACAGUGCCAGCUUACUUUAAUGAUUCUCAGAGGCAAGCCACAAAGGAUGCCGGAGUGAUCUCCGGAAUAAAUGUCCUGCGGAUCAUAAAUGAGCCCACAGCAGCAGCCAUUGCCUACGGCCUGGAUAAAGGCAAAAGAGGAGAGCGCAAUGUCCUCAUCUUUGAUCUUGGGGGAGGCACUUUUGACGUGUCCAUCCUGACCAUUGAGGACGGCAUAUUUGAGGUGAAAGCCACAGCGGGGGACACACACCUUGGCGGGGAGGACUUUGACAACCGAAUGGUCAGCCACUUUGUGGAGGAGUUUAAAAGAAAACACAAGAAAGAUAUCAGCCAGAACAAGAGAGCCGUGAGGAGACUGCGCACAGCUUGUGAGAGGGCGAAGAGGACCUUAUCCUCCAGCACUCAGGCCAGCAUUGAGAUUGACUCACUGUUUGAGGGCAUUGACUUUUACACCUCAAUCACAAGGGCACGCUUUGAGGAGCUCAAUUCGGACCUCUUCAGGGGAACACUGGAACCUGUUGAGAAGGCCCUACAAGAUGCUAAGCUGGAUAAAUCCAAGAUCCAUGAAAUUGUCCUAGUUGGUGGCUCAACAAGAAUCCCCAAAAUACAGAAGCUCCUACAGGAUUUCUUCAAUGGUAGAGAUCUAAACAAAAGUAUCAACCCUGAUGAGGCGGUGGCCUACGGUGCAGCCGUCCAGGCUGCUAUCCUCAUGGGGGACACCUCAGAGAAUGUCCAAGAUUUACUGCUCCUGGAUGUGGCGCCCUUGUCUCUGGGCAUUGAGACAGCUGGUGGAGUUAUGACCCCCCUUAUCAAACGGAACACCACCAUCCCUACGAAGCAGACUCAGAUCUUUUCCACGUACUCAGAUAACCAGCCAGGCGUCCUGAUUCAGGUGUAUGAAGGCGAGAGAGCCAUGACCAAGGACAACAAUCUCCUGGGAAAGUUUGAGCUCACGGGUCUCCCCCCUGCUCCCAGAGGAGUGCCACAGAUAGAGGUCACCUUUGACAUUGAUGCCAACGGCAUCCUAAACGUGUCUGCUGUCGACAAAAGCACCGGCAAGGAAAACAAAAUCACAAUCACCAACGACAAGGGCCGACUCAGCAAAGAUGAGAUCGAGAAGAUGGUGCAGGACGCAGACAAGUACAAGGCAGAGGAUGACCAGCAGAGAGAGAAGGUUGCGGCGAAGAACUCCCUGGAGUCCUACGCCUACCACAUGAAGAGCAGCGUUGAGGAUGAGUCCCUGAAAGGAAAAAUCAGCGAGGAGGAAAAAAAGCUGGUCGUUGACAAAUGCAAUCAGACAAUUUCCUGGCUGGAGAACAACCAGCUGGCGGAGAAGGAUGAGUAUGAACAUCAGCAAAAGGAGCUGGAGAGAGUGUGCAAACCAGUUGUGACAAAGUUGUACCAAGGAGCAGCAGCAGGAAGCUGUGGCAGCCAGGCUGGAGAUACCUCUCAGGGUCCCACUAUCGAAGAGGUUGACUAAAACUACGGACUGCUUCAUUUCACUACUGGAGAAAAUUUUCUGACUGAUGUUCGUUUUCUAAAAAAAAAAA